AAGACAUGGAUGAAGACUAUGAGUCGAUGGAUGAGCCAAUCAAUGAGCCAAUCGGUGUGAGGGAUGCAAUCCGUGUCCAAAAGGUCGGUAACGGUAUUGAAAGUGUCCGGCAAUAUGUGGUGACGACCCGAAAGACAGGCAAAGUGUGGCACUCGUGUCAAUGGAAGACUAGUCGCGGACCGUGUGCUUACGGAUCCAAAUGGUCCGGUGCUAUGGUUAACCACAUUCGCAGCCAUUUGGGUAUCAAACCGUUUGGUUGCGGUUAUUGUAGAAAAUCAUUUACCAUUGCAUGCAAUCUGAAGAAUCACUUGAGAAUACAUCACGGAUUGAAGGCUAAAAUUAUUUUAAAUGGCGGACGAAAGCGAAAAUUUCCCGUAGAGAAGGUUGUGGUGACCGACGAAUUGCUCGAUUCAGACGCCAAGAGUUCAUCAAAGCUGAGGGUAUUUAAGCCCAGUUUUGUGAACGGAAAGCUCGCCAACAAUGCCUACGCUGUGGAAAGGGAUGUCCCGAAGCGGACCAUCAAAAAAGUACAACGAUAUGGAAAUUUCGUCGAAGACUUGGAUGACGACGACGACGACGAGUACAACGAAGAGGCGGUCAAUGAAGACAUCGACCAUCACUUGAACGAAGAAGAGGCCGAAGAGGAGAACCGAAUGUUUUACGAAAAGACGAGCGAUGAGACCGAAGAUAACGGCGAAGACGACGACCUCUCGUCGUUCCUGACGAAGCGGAGGUAUAACAAGAAGUUA